CUUCGCUUCUUCUAGUCCCUUUUGCUGUUUGCUCAAUUGGAAUUUAUACUUUCUUUGCAGAUGGCAGACAGUUACCUGCCGAGCAUUUCGCUAUCAGUCGAAGAAUGGACGAGCCUAGCGUCUGCUGCUAUCAGCUUGGCAGUUGUUGUGGCGGCGUGCAUUCGGUUGCCUCAGCUAGCAACGCUCCCGUGCAUUGACCGCUCUUACUACCCAUGUCCUUGGACCACCCGUACCAAAUUUGUAUCACUGUUCCUAGCUACCAGCAUAUCGAUCUUUUUCGUGCUCCAGUUGGCUGUCUCAGUCGAAUGGAGACUUUUAGCUAUCAUUCCGGCGGCCGCUCAGGUCUUGGCGGCCGCAGCAGCACUGAGGCUCCACGUUCUUCAGCACAGACACAGCGUAUACACAUCAGAUAUUCUGAUUACAUUCUGGCCUGCUAACUGGGUUGUGGCGGCGAUGUCUGUGCGCAACAGUUACCGGUCUGGCAAACUUCCUGGUGACUGGCCGACCAAAUGGCCGCAGGCUGUGUAUUUGGUGGCCGUUGCCACUGUGUUCUACUUGGAACUCCAGGUCACUCCCUCGGAACGCUAUUUCCGCCUGGAGUGUGAUGGUGAGCGGUACAACCCUAAGCGCAUGCGAACAUAUAUUCGCGACUAACAUACU